CACUCAACAUCAUCGAGGACUCCACUAUGGACCGCAAAACGGAUGACUGGCAGAGGACAAAAAGGAAUAGAACACUCUAUAUUUGCCAAUAUUAUGGAUGACAGAGGGACUAUGUUGUAUUUACUCGAGAAGCCUCAGAUGAGAAGGGAAAGAGACAGACUUCAGACUUUCCAAACUUGGCCAUUAGAUGCUCCAGUUAGAUCUACAGACCUGGCAAAGGCAGGUUUUUUCUACCUCGGUCCUGGAGAUGAAGUUCAGUGCUUUUGCUGUGGAGGUAUUUUGAGAUGUUGGGUGCACGGGGACAGUCCGGUAACAGAGCACAAAAGACAUUUCCCCACCUGUAAUUUCAUUUUGGGACGAACUGUGGGGAAUAUUCCACUACAGGAUGGUUCAUCAGACUCAGUGGAUGGGCAGCUCUUGAGUCAGCUCCAAAGGAUGACCAUGGACGACCAAGGCACCAUGGGUCAGGCAGUGUACCCCGAGAUGGAUGAGGAGGACACCCGGCUAACUACUUUCCAUAACUGGCCCACAGAGGCAUCGGUACAGCCAGAUGUACUUGCAAGAGCUGGAUUUUUCUACACAGGGCACGGGGACAAUGUCAAGUGUUUCUUCUGUGAUGGAGGGCUGAGAAACUGGGAACCAGGUGAUGACCCCUGGCAGGAACACGCCAAGUGGUUUCCAAGAUGUGAGUUUUUGAUCCAGUCCAGAGGGCAGGGCUACAUCAGUAAUAUCCAGGAUGCACAUUUUCAUCUAGGUGAAACUGUGAGUGGUCAAAAUUCAGCUGCUCGAGACCCUGGCUCCAGAAAUGAUGUGGUUGGUGGAAUGGGAGUGUCCUCGAUUAUGCUCUCUCCUGUGGCUGAGGAGGAGGACAGACAGAGGGGACCCACCAGCAGAGAGCCAGAGGUCAGACAGGGGACUAGCUCUGGAAAUACAAGAUCCCAAACUGCUAAUAAAGAAAAAGUGAAGGACCCCAGCCCAGAGGAGCUCCUGAAGCAGCUACAAGAGGAGCGCACCUGUAAGGUGUGCAUGGACAAACUGGUGUCCAUCGUGUUCAUCCCCUGUGGUCACUUAGUGGUGUGUGGAGACUGUGCUGCCAGCCUGCGCCACUGUCCCAUCUGUAGAGCUGUCAUCAGGGGCAGUGUGCGGGCCUUUAUGUCCUGAAGGGCCAGGAUAGUCCUUAUAAGGGUGUUCAAUGAGUGCUGGAUUUGUAUUUCAUUCUGUCUACACUUUUUAAA